CAGGGCAGGCGCAAGGGUUUAGAGGAGGCCUGGAGUUGAGGCUUCAGGGGCCUGGGUUCGGGGCUUAGAGCGCCGAAUAUAUGGAAGACCCCCAGGCUGACUUCUCAAUCUCAUUCCUUCCCCAUCUGGAGGCCAAGAUCCGCCAGACACACAACCUUGCACGCCUCCUGACCAAAUAUGCAGAGCAGCUGCUGGAGGACUAUGUGCAGCAGCAGGGAGACCCCUUCGGGCUGCCGGGCUUCUCACCACCGCGCCUGGCACUGGCCGGCCUGAGUGGCCCGGCCCCGAGCCACGCGGGGCUACCGCUGUCCGAGCGGCUGCGUCUGGACGCGGCUGCCCUGGGUGCGCUCCCCGCGCUGUUGGACGCCGUGCGCCGCCGCCAGGCGGAGCUGAACCCGCGCGCCCCGCGCCUGCUGCGGAGCCUGGAGGACGCGGCCCGGCAGGCUCGGGCUCUGGGAGCCGCGGUGGAGACGGUGCUGGCCGCUCUGGGCGCAGCAGCCCGCGGGCCCGGGUCGGAGCCCGCCGCCGCCGCCGCCGCCGCCCUUUCCCCGGCCAACAGCGCUGCGGGCGUCUUCUCAGCCAAGGUGCUGGGGCUCCAUGUGUGCGGCCUCUAUGGCGAGUGGGUGAGCCGCACCGAGGGCGACCUGAGCCAGCUGGUGCCCGGCGGCGUCUCCUGAGGGUCGGUACUCUGUCCCACCUCUGUGGCUUCCCAUUCUGUCGCUCCGUCCGUGUCGGUGCCUUCUUGGACUGUCCCCGACUUUCUGCAUUGUGUGGUCUCUUUCUCUUUGGCUCUUGCCUCCUCAGGGAGCUUCGUGUGCCUACCAGUUUCUCUCUCUCUUUUUCUCUCUCUCUCUUUUCCUCCUGUCUUGAAUGCUUUUGUCUCUGAGAGUUUCUGUUUCUCGUUUCCUGGUCUCUUGUUCUUUGCUUGCUUGUUUGUUUUUGAGACAGGGUCUCACUCUAUAGCCCUGGGUGGCCUGGAGUGGCCUCGAACUCCCAGUUUUCACAUCUGCCUCCCCAUUGUCCGUGUGACUAUGUGUAACUCUGUUUCAUCUCAUGGAGGUGACACUUUCUUCCGUUCCUUUGUCCUGUCCUAACUAGAAAAGUACCCGCUGGUCCUGUGGUGGCAAGGCCACCCAUCUUCAGGGCCAUCUCCCUGGUGUCCUCUCCUCCCACCAGUUCCUUUGGAGCCCUGUCUCUCCCUCCCCCACU